CUCAAAAGACAAACGGUAUGGACCAAAAAAAAUGUCUACUUACAAUACUUAGUUACUUUACGAGAAUAUCAAUGGAAUAUAUCCCUUAGUUUACUCAUUGGGGUUCACGUACUUAGAAUUCAACGGAACCACUUCGUCAUCCUCUAUGAAUUUUGUUGUUAAGUAUAAGCUAUAAAUGGCCACACCAAUUUUUCUUACUGCAAGGCAUUCUAAAAGUUUUCUUUUAAAAAAGCUCCUAGGACAAUUUUUCCAUGGCUUCCAAGAUUAUUUUCUGUUUUAUGAUUGGGCUUGCAGGAUUUUUGCCUACAAUCACAAUGGCAACUGAGCAUUGGGUUGGGGGUGAGAAAGGCUGGACCCGGCAAUUCUGCGAAUUGCCCGUUGAUUAUCAAGAUUGGGCCAAGGAUAAAACUUUCAAGAUUGGAGACACCUUAGUCCCUCCACCAAGUGAAGGACUUACUACAGGCCAUGAUGUGAUUACAUUGGCUAGCCCUGGUAAAAAAUGGUACAUUUGUGGUUUUCCUACACAUUGCUCUGACCAUAACCAAAAGCUUGUCAUCAACGUCGAGGACGGAGCUCCGGCACCAGCACCUGCAGCUCCGGCACCACCAAUGAAGUAUUGGGUUGGAGGUGAUAAGGGAUGGACCAUUGAUGUAGAUUAUCAAGCUUGGGCCAAGGACAAAACUUUUAAGGUUGGAGACACCUUAGUUUUUAAGUAUACCAAAGGGCAUCAUAACGUGUUAAAAGUAAACCAAACAGCUUUCAAAGACUGCAUAGCUACUGCACCAAGUGAAGCUUUAACUUCUGGUAAUGAUGCAAUCACUUUGACAUCUCCUGGUAAAAAAUGGUACAUUUGUGGUAUUCCAACACAUUGCUCCGACCAUAACCAAAAGCUUGUCAUCACUGUGGAAGCCGGAGCUCCGACACAGGCACCGGCACCGGCACCGGGACCAGCCACUAAAGAUGAUUCAAACAAUUCAUACAAGUUUACUACAUCUGCAAACAAGAUUUUUGUUGGUGGUCUGGUUUUAAUUUGGACAAUUCUAACAUUAGUUUAAUCCAAGUUGAGUGAACUUUGGAAUGUUACAUUUGUGUUGGAACAUAGGACUUUUGCCUUCUUCUAGGCAGGAAUAAAUGAAUAAUUUGGUUAUCUUUUGAGGAGAGAUUUUUAUUUUGUGAGGGAUGCGAGGGUGCUAAUAAUGCUAAGUCUUUUCAUUGACUGUAACGAUAUUUCUACCUGUAUGUGUACCUGGAAUAAUAACUUUUUAUCCCCUUCUUUCAUAUAACUCUCUUAACAUGUAUUUAUACUUGUCAGUAUCUUUCUUCUACUAUAUAUUUUGUCCAAGGAAAGAGAAAGAAGAAGGUGAUGACAAAGAAAAAUAAUGUAGCUAUUGUUUAUCUUUUUAUUGUUUGGUUCAACUAUAAAUAGAAUAAAUGAGCAACGCAGAAGGAACUCUUUAACCAUAUAACAAGAGUAUUAAUGUGAGAAAAAAAAACCUACUCUAAAUUUUCUCCAAUCCUCUUCCUUUCAGUGUCUUACACAUGAACUUAUCAGAAGAAAUUUUUGACCCUACCUAGUCAAAUAUCUAAAUAAAGUAGAACUUCAACAUGAUUUGAAACUGAAAGAAAAAAAUAAUAAUCUGGAAUGAAUAUAUCAACACCAAUACGAAUUCUUUGUUCCCUUGAUGUAAAGGUUUACUUAUUGAUUCAAAACAGCCAUACAAUUGACACUCAGGCAUUCAGGUAGAUGACAGCAGCAAAACUCAAUAAAUAGCGAUACAUUGAUACACAUCAAUCCAAGUAUCGUUCCAGAUAAUUUAA